CGCUCUUCGCUUUCCCUUGGAGCAUGAGAGUGCCUAGAACAGCAGGGGACGCAGCGGAGCUGCGCAAGACCCUGAAGCCACUGCUGGAGAAGCGCCGGCGCGCACGAAUCAACGAGAGUCUGAGCCAGCUAAAGGGGCUGGUAUUGCCGAUGCUGGGCGCGGAGACUUCCCGCUACUCGAAACUGGAGAAGGCGGACAUCCUGGAAAUGACCGUGCGCUUCCUGCAGGAGCAGCCCUACCACGCUGCAGCGCCGGAGCCCUUGGAUAGCUACCUCGAGGGUUACAGAGCCUGUCUAGCGCGCCUCGCGCGCGUGCUGCCGGCCUGCAGCGUCCUGGAGCCGGCCGUGAGCAUGCGCCUGCUGGAGCAUCUAAGGCAGAGGACUGUCAGUGGUGGCUCAACCUUACAGACACCAACACCGGCCCCAACACCGGCCCCAGCUCCAUCUCCCUCUCCCCCUCCGCAGGUGCCUCAUCUGGGCAGCCCUGGCCUCUGGCGGCCCUGGUAGGCUCCUGGAUGUUCCAGGCCAGGGACCUGGAUGGGCUAGCUGACUAAGGAAGCUCUCAGUGGUGACUGCAUCUCCCUCACUUUGAGAACAAUCUAGCACCCACACCCUAGCAAGAAUUCGAUGCUUGUGACCUAUCUGGAUGAUGACCUCAAGGGCUGGAGGGAAAAAGAGUUUCUGGGUAAGAGGAGAAAGAGCAAAUGUCUGCAGGGUGAGGAAGAGCCCCAGAUUUGGACUGGUAGAAACGCUUCUGGCACUGGGCCACCAAAGCUGCCUCAGCAGGGACACACCUGCCCUGGCGUGGGCAGCAGACCAACCUCCGAUCUUGGAGCUCACCUGCUCUGAUGGG